AUGCAGCGCCGGCUCCUUCGGGUCCUGGCCGGAGUCCUUCUCACCCUCCUGUGCACGGGGCUCCUGUCCCUGCGGUACCACUCAAGACUAUCCUCCCAGGGGGCGUGGGUGACCCCCGAGCCCAGCCUGCCGAGCCCAGGGCACCCGGAGCUGCAGAUACACAAUGUCUUCAUUGCCAUCAAGACCACCCGGGCCUUCCACCGCUCACGCCUGGAGCUGCUGCUGGACACGUGGGUCUCCAGGACCAGGGAGCAGACGUUUGUCUUCACUGACAGCCCUGAUGAAGGCCUCCAGGAGAGACUGGGACCCCAUCUCGUGGUCACCAACUGCUCUGCUGAGCACAGCCACCCAGCCCUGUCCUGCAAGAUGGCUGCUGAGUUCGAUGCCUUCUUGGCCAGUGGGCUGAGGUGGUUCUGCCACGUGGAUGACGACAAUUACGUGAACCCGCCAGCGCUGCUGCAGCUGCUGGCUGCCUUUGCACCAGCUCACGAUGUCUAUGUGGGCAGGCCCAGCCUGAACCGGCCUAUCCAUGCCUCUGAGCCCCAGCCCCAUAACCGCACGAGGCUGGUACGGUUUUGGUUUGCCACCGGAGGUGCUGGCUUCUGCAUCAACCGCAAACUGGCUUUGAAGAUGGCCCCCUGGGCCAGCGGCCCCCACUUCAUGGACACAUCUGCCCUCAUCCAGCUGCCUGACGACUGCACCGUGGGCUACAUCAUCGAGUGCAAGCUGGGUGGCCACCUGCAGCCCAGCCACCUCUUCCACUCCCACCUGGAGACCCUGCAGCUGCUAGAGACAGCUCAGCUCCCAGAGCAGGUCACCCUCAGCUAUGGUGUCUUUGAGGGGAAACUCAACGUCAUUAAGCUACAGGGCCCCUUCUCUCCGGAGGAGGACCCCUCUAGGUUUCGCUCCCUACAUUGUCUUCUCUUCCCAGAUACACCGUGGUGUCCGCAGCUGGUGGCCCGGUGA